CUCUGCUCCCCUGAAUGUGUUUUUCUUCAGGUUGCAGCUGGAUUGUGUAAGAGCAUGAGCUGAAGCUAAAAUAAACAUAUGGAAUUCUUCAGCACAUGCAUUUCUAAAUGAUGCCGGUGAUUGUGUUCCCUGAAGUCUGUUCAGUAGGGAACAUUUCUGAUUUCAUUAAAGUUUACAGGUUUGUAAAAAAAACCAAAUGACUUAUAUUUGCCAACUUUGAGUAUAUAUAUAUAUAUAUAUAUAUAUAGUGUAGAUAGCAAAAUAAAGUAAACUGUGACAUAUUAUACCCAAAAAUUCUUCAUACAGUGGACUACCAGUAAAAUUGAUAAAAAUUUGGGACCAAAAAUUAUUCAGACACUUUGACCUGACCAUGUUUUGCUUAAGUGUUAUCUGACUGAAUUAAGAUAAUUUUUUUUCUGACAUAGUUUAACUCUGAGAUCUUGUCAUAUUUUAUUACCAUUUUCUUAAACUAUAGUGAAUAAACUGAAUUAAUGAAUGAAAUGUUCAAGGUGUCUGAAUACAUUUUGGUUUGACUGUGUAUAUAUAUAUAUAUAUAUAUAUAUAUAUUCUCUGUUCGAGGCAGGGUUUUGAUUCUUUUGAAAGAGACAAAAUGAAUAAAAAUGAACGAUAUUUUUUUCUUUCUUUUUUUUGCCUUUAAAAGUAACCAAACGGCUUAUAUUUGCCAACUUAUAUACAGCAUAUAGUAGUGGCCAGAAGUGAUGUCCGGAAGGGGAUAUUUGUAUUUAAUGACCCUACAAGUUUGAUUAAAACAUCAUCAUGUUUUAAUUUUUUAAAUAUGUGAGAACAAAAAAACAUGUUUUACUUUACUAUGCAAAAAAAAAAAAAAGCAUUUGUUAUUAAUAUUUUAUGGGUUCUCUCUUGUUUCUGCAUGUGUUCAUGAUGUCUUGACAGCCUGACUAAAAUUAUGUCACAAUUUGACAUGUUUUAUUGUAAAACAACUGACUCCAAGCAAAACUAUGCAAUAUGCUUACAAAAUCUUUAACAAUUCUUUUAAUAAUAUCUGAAUAAAAGGUAAAUAUGUCAAUAUAUUCACUUACCGGCCACUUUAUUAGGUAUACUUUAUUAGGUAUUCAUUAACACAAAUAUCUAAUCGAGCAAUCACAUGUCAGCAACUAAACAUGCAGACAUGGUCAAGACGAUCUGCUGAAGUUCAAACUGAGCGUCAGAAUGGGGAAGAAAGGUUGAUUUAAGUGACUUUGAACGUGGCACGGUUGUUGGUGCCAGACGGGCUGGUCUGAGUAUUUCAGAAACUGCUGAUCUACUGGGAUUGGCAGUUCUGUGGGUGAAAAUGCUUUGUUGAUGCCAGAGGUCAGAGGAGAAUGGCCAGACUGGUUCAGCUGAUAGAAAGGCAACAGUUACUCAAAUAACCACUCGUUACAACCGAGGUCUGCAGAAGAGCAUCUCUGAACUCACAACAUGUCGAACCUUGAAGCAGAUGAUCUACAGCAGCAGAAGACACACCGGUGACACUCCUGUCAGCUGAGAACAGCAAACUGAGGCUACAAUUCACAUGGGUUCACCAAAACUGGACAAUAGAAGACUGAGUCUCGAUUGCUUCAUUCAGAUGGUAGAGUCAGAAUUUGGCAUAAACAACAUAAAAGCAUGGAUCUAUCCUGCCUUGUAUCAAUGGUUCAAGCUGCUGGUGCUGUAAUGUGUUUCCAUCUUCUGAUCGCUACUUCCAGCAGGACAACCCGCUGUCAAAUCAUUCUCAAACCGGUGGUGACCUCCAGUCACCAGAUCUCAUUCCAAUAGAACACUUUUGUGAUUGUCAGAGAUUGUCAUCAUGGAUGUGCAGCCAACAAAUCUGCAGCAACUGCGUGAUAAUAUCAUGUCAAUAUGGACCAAAAUCUCUGAGGAAUGUUUCCAGCAUCUUGUUGAAUCUAUGACAUAUAGAAUUAAAGCAGUUCUGAAGGCAAAAUGGGGUCCAAGAAGGUGUACCUAAUAAAGUGGCUGGUGAGUGUGUGUGAGUGUGUAUAUAUAGUUCGAGGCUCGGUUUUGAGUCUUUUGAAAAUGACAAAAUAAAUAAAAAUGAAAUCAUUUUUCUUCUCCUUGUUGAUAACAGAGAACUAAGCAUGCUGUAGAGUAUUUCAUGACACUUUUUAGUUUCAUUGACAUAAGUUACGUAGCUGGGUUUGCAAUGACCUACAAACCUUGACAAAAAAAAAAGAAAAAAAAAAGGAAGCUUAUGUAACUUGUUACAACACCCCUUUUUUUGGAUGGCACAUACGGCAGCAAAACAUUUGUAAAGGUGACGUACAAUACCGUUUAAAGGUUUAAGGUCAGCAUAGUUUAAAUUAUUAAAAGUUACAGUAAAGACGUUCAUAAUGCUUCUGCAGCACAACUGUUUUCACCAUUAAGUAAUGUUUAAGCAGCAAAUCAGCAUAUUAGGAUGAUUUCUGUUGGAUCAUGUGACACUGAAGACUGGAGUAAUGAUGCUGAAAAUUCAGCUUUGAUCACAGGAAUAAAUUACAUUUUAUAUUACAUUAAAAUAGAAAGGAGUUAUUUUAAAUUGUAAUAAUAUUUCACAAUAUUACUAUUUUACUGUAGUUUUGAUCAAAUAAAUGCAGACUUAGUGAGUAAAUGAGACUAUACCGACCACAAACUUCUGAACAUUAAAAUCUACUAAACAUUACUUCAUAUUACACAUGCGCACUGGAAUACUGGAUUCUGAUUGGUCGAUUUGUGACUUUCAGAUCUGUCUUAUGACACACAAUCGUGAACACAAUAAAAUUAUUUAAAUCAAUUGAACAUUUCAUUUAUUUAUUUUAGUAAGCAUCCAUGUAAAAAAGCAGGAGACUUGCUGACUGUACGUUAUCUGUUACUUCUAUAAUGGAAACUAAUAACAGAGAUAUUGUGAUAGCAUCAUAUAGAUUAAUAUAAAUAUUAUGGGCAGUUUGAAAACAAAUGCUGUUUAAUCGUCCAGAGCUUUAUUUGCAAAGUUACUAAUACAAGUUAAGUAAACCAGAUCUGAUAUCAAGCUAACUAAGACUAAUCUCAGCUCAUUAGAUCUUGCUUUUGUAGGCUGAUGAUGUGCAGCAGACGAUCCUUGGUACACACAUGCUGAUCCUUUAUGGAUGUUUGUUUGGGAAUAAGGGGGUAAAUAUAAGACAAUGUGUUCCAGCUCAAAGGUGAUGCUGAUGGACUGCUGACGUUGUCUUGCAUAUAUAAGGGUCAACAAGUCAAGUCUUUACUGUUAGCCUGAGGCCUGAUAUCUCAAACAAGCUUUCUCCAAGUCCUUCACCGUGCUCCACUGGUCUACUCCAAGCCACUCAAUAAAUACAUGAAUGCACUCGUUUGUUUUCCUUUGCAGGUGUAUCAGACACUACAUACACAGUCGGCUAUUUAAAACAUUGCCUGUGACAUUUUGUCCAUCAACAUCCAAUUAAAUUAAUUAUGAGUGUGUUAAAUUUAGCAUUGCUGUGUCUGUCGGCUCCUCGCUGUGAACUUAAACGUGCCAAGCCAAGCUCUCUCCCUUCAAGAGAGGAUAUCCUGAUAAUCACUUUUACUUAAUCCUGGAUUUACAAAGCCUGGUACAUAUGAUGCAAGGCUUUUUCUUUUUUACAAACUGAAUGCCUGCUGCCUGACACUUCCCUGAUAUAAAAGAAAAGCUCAGGUGUAAUCAUAUCGGAGGAAACAGACCCUGGGUGUGCAGCAUCAUUCCUGGGUGCAGAAAGUGCAAAAAUACUAAUAAUAGCCUGAUUCUGAGAAUUUCUCUUCUUACAUGGAGAGCUUGAGAACUAUAGAUUUAAGAAGGACAAUGCUUACAAGACAUUUGCAUUUGGGUGGUUGACAUAUUAAACUUUUUUGAAUUCAAUAUCAUGAUUUUAAUGAAUUUUAGUGAAUAUAUAAAAUAUAUAAAAGGUAAUAUAUAAAAGCUUAAUUUUCAGCAGGAAAUCAUUAAUUCAGUAUCCGGUGUCAAUACAAAGUACAAAGAAAGUGUAAAUCGCCAGUUUACACUUUCUUCGUAACUUGAAUACGGAAGGCGGUCUGGCGGAAGCUAGAUAUUUUAGUUCAUGACUUGUUAAAUAUGGAUUUUUUUUACACAAAUGCAUCACUUCACUUCAGAAGGCCUUUAUUAACCUCCCAGAGCUGUGUGGAGUACAUGUUUAUGAUGGAUGGAUGUGGAUGGAGACACUUUCUUCAGCUCAUACUCAUGACCCCUGUUCACUGCCAUUAUAAAGCUCGGAUGCAUCAGGAUAUUUAUUAAAAUAUCUACCUUUGUGUUCAUCAGAAAGAAGAAAGUCAUUUAAACCUUGGAUAACUUGAGGGUGAGUAAAGCUUGGGGUAAUUUUCAUUUGAAAGUGAACUAAUCCUUUAACUCAAUUUUUUUAUUUCAAUGAACUCAAAAUUUUAAGGCAACCAGGUAACUUACUUUUUAAAGUUAAACCAACAGCUGUUUUUUACAGUGUAGUGCUGAAAUUACUUGAAAUUUCAAAUCAACUACCCAUUUACCCAUUUGGUGAAACAUUUUUCCACAAGCUUUUUAUUUUAGCACUAAUGUGAAGAUCUAAUGUGAAAACUUCUAGCCCAAUGAACACACACACGCUGGGGAUGGUAGUGUAUUAGAUCAGAAACAGCAUCAGUCUAAUCGACAGACCGAUGUGACAAAUAUUAUGUCAUGUGCCGACACUUUCUCUGCGGGAGAAAACAGGGCCGUUUGGCUCUGACUGGAUUGUCUAACAUAAAAUGAUCAGGGUGGGGAUUUGCAGGUUAAGAAAGCUUAGGGGUUUAAUGUCAUGACGUCACUUUAAUUAGCGGCCACUUUGAUCCCUUCAGCCUGUAAGCCACUAUUCUCUGGCAGCCUGUCGGAGGAGACCAGCACUGAUCUCUGCACUGGAGGAUGCACCUGUCUGAAGGAGGCCACUGAGAAGCUUCACUUUUCAUCUUGACAUCCCACAAGUAAUGAAUCUGUGAGCGGACAAGGAGAGAAGCGCACUUCAAAAUGGCAGACAAGGAUAGUGUGGAAAAGUACUUGGAGAAUAACCCACAGUUCGCCAAAGAGUAUUUUGACAAGAAUAUACGAUGCGAGGCCAUCGCCGCCGCUUUUGCCGAGAAACUUGACAUCAAAGAUCCGGCCUCGUUCAAGGAUGUCAGCCAAAUCCAGGAGGCCAACAUCAUCUUUGACAUGAUCACAGAAAUGCAUUCGCAGCCUAUUAUGGAAAAGGCCAUGCACAAGGUCCUGCAGAGGAUAUGUAUGCUGGUGAACGCCGACCGCUGCAGCUAUUUCAUAUGCCGAGCUAGAAAUGGCAUCCCUGAGCUCGCUACAUCUCUUUUCGAUGUCACCCCUACCUCGAAAUACGAGGCCAACCUGGUCAACCCUCAGUCUGAAAUUGUGUUCCCUACUGACAUGGGCAUAGUUGGUCAAAUAGCAACCACCAAAAAACCAGUUAAUAUUCCUGAUGUCAAACAGAAUCCCAGGUUCAGUGACUUUGUGGACAAGCAGACAGGAUACACGACUAAAAACAUGCUGGCUGCCCCCCUCAUGAGCGGCAAAGACGUACUUGGUGUGGUUAUGGCAAUAAACAAAGUAGGAGGAAAUGAAUUCGCCAAAGCAGACGAAGACCUCUUCACCAAGUACAUCACUUUCGCCACAGUCAUCGCCCUACAGCAUUACACUGCAUACAUGUAUAAUGUGGAGUCUAGAAGAAGCCAGGUUCUUCUAUGGUCUGCGAGCAAAGUGUUUGAAGAGUUGACAGACAUUGAGCGACAGUUUCACAAGGCCCUGUACACCGUCAGGACCUACCUCCAGUGUGAGAGGUACUCUGUCGGCCUCCUGGACAUGACCAAAGAAAAGGAGUUCUACGACGAGUGGCCGAUUAAAUUGGGAGAUGUGGAGCCGUACAAAGGCCCAAAGACACCUGAUGGCAGGGAAAUCAUCUUCUACAAGAUCAUUGAUUAUCUGCUAGAAAACAAAGAAGAGAUCAAAGUCAUACCGACCCCUCCUGUUGACCACUGGGCACUUGUUAGCGGCCUCCCCACCUACGUGGCUGAAAAUGGCUUUAUUUGUAACAUGAUGAAUGUUGCUGCUGAUGAUUACUUCACAUUCCAGAAAGAAGCUGUGGACGAGUCGGGUUUCGUCAUCAAAAAUGUCCUGUCCCUUCCCAUUGUGAACAAGAAAGAGGAGAUUGUGGGUAUUGCCACUUUCUUCAAUCGAAAAGACGGAAAGCCGUUUGACGAGCAGGAUGAACAAAUUACUGAAGCCCUAACACAGUUUUUAGGAUGGUCUGUACUGAAUUGUGACACAUAUGACAAACUGAACCGGAUGGAGUGGAAAAAAGAAAUUGCACAGGAAAUGGUCAUGUAUCAGACCAAAGCCACUCCAGCUGAAGUCCAACAGAUUCUGAACACCAAGGAGAAGUUUGACCAAAACCCUGAGGACUGCGAUCAGAAAGAAAUGUACAAACUCUUGAGAGCCAACAUUCCAGAAGCCAAAGACGUCGAUCUGCUAGAAUUUAGUUUUAGUGACUUUCCUCUCUCUGAGGUUGACCUUAUCAAGUGUGGCAUUCGCUGUUUCUUUGAACUCGGAGUGGUGGAAAAGUUUAAAGUACCAGCAGAGGUCCUGACUAGAUGGAUGUACACCGUACGAAAGGGCUACAGAGAUAUCACCUACCAUAACUGGAGGCAUGGGUUUAAUGUGGGCCAGACCAUGUUCUGUCUUCUGCAAACCGGAAAACUGAGAAGGUACUACACAGACCUUGAUGCCUUUGCGAUGGUAGCGGCUGCAUUCUGUCACGAUAUUGACCACAGGGGUACCAACAAUCUCUACCAGACAAAGAGCGGAUCGCCUCUGGCGAAGCUUCAUGGAUCCUCCAUCUUGGAAAGGCACCAUCUUGAAUACAGCAAGACACUGAUGGCAGAAGAGAAUGUUAAUAUUUUCCAAAGUCUGCAGAAACGCCAGUUUGAGAAUGUCCAGCACUUGCAUGAUGUCUGCAUCAUUGCGACUGACCUGGCCUUGUAUUUCAAAAAAAGGACCAUGUUCCAGAAGAUUGUUGAUGCCACCGAACCAAUGGCUGAUGAGAAGGAAGCGAUCGCCUAUGUGGCCAACAACCCCAUUAGGAAGGAAAUCAUUAUGGCAAUGAUGAUGACCGGUUGCGACUUGUCUGCCAUUACCAAACCAUGGGAAGUCCAGAGCAAAGUGGCUCUCAUGGUGGCAGCUGAAUUCUGGGAGCAGGGAGAUCUGGAAAGGACUGUGCUAGAUCAACAACCCAUUCCCAUGAUGGACAGAAACAAGUCGGAUGAACUUCCGAAGAUGCAGUGUGGUUUCAUUGACUUUGUGUGCUCGUUUGUGUACAAGGAAUUUUCAAGGUUCCACAAAGAGAUCACUCCCAUGUUUGAUGGCCUGAACAACAACAGGGUCCACUGGAAGGAACUGGCUGAUAUUUACCAAGCAAAAGUAGACGCUUUGGAGAACGAACGGAAGCGACUAGAAGAGGAGCAGGCUAAAAAAGCUGGUGAGGAUGGAGGCGGAGAGGGAGGAAAAUCCAAAACCUGCACCAUAUUUUAAACAUCAUCCACCAGAAAUUCAGAGCCACAGAGAAGUCUGGGCCAGCUGGCAAACAUGUAGAGGGAGGUGAAAUGUGCUCCUAGGAUCACUACAUUUUCACCAGCUUCCUCCAUUUUCUGUCUCAUUUCCUCGGAUGUACCUUCUCCAAGUGAACACGUAGGCAUUCACCAGAAAUGGAAGAACUGAACCUGUCAGAUUGUCUUUCUGAUGGGGUGCCAGCCUAGAGCACCAGCUAAUUUUCACCAUAUAGACAAUUUCAUGCUUGUUCCUAAUCGUUGAUUUCACCUUGACUGUACCUUUUCACAUAUAAAACUACGUUGGAGGAAGUAAUGCAUAUGCAACUACUACAUUUGCCACACAAUGGUGGCCGAAACACAACUCUAUACAAAUGUUCGAUGUGCUAUAGUUCAAAGAGCUGACUUUGAGUAUGGCUUUUGAGUCCAUAACAGUUCUGGCAUUAUGAAUUAGAGCAAUAAGUAUUAAUAACUUUUUUUUGACAGUAACUAAUUUAUCAAAAUAGCAUAAUUCUGAAAUGAUUCCUGAAUCAUGUUGUGUUUAGCGUCUCUGUAAAAUGAUUUCCCAUUUAAAGGUGAAGUGUGUAUUUUCUGUGCGACCAAAUGGGAACUGCAAAAAUACUGACUGUUUUUAACAAGUUUCCUGAACACACCCCCAAUCUGUAAUUGGUUAAACAAACAGAUAGCCCCACCCCCAAACAAACUCCAUUGAUGUUGCUGUUGCUAGGCUGUUUAUUGUUUUGAUGCCGCCUUUUUGGGUUAAAUUAACUUACAAAUGGCUAGCUUAUAGCUUUCUCUGUAUAUUUAACAGGGCAGAAAUUAUUUUAAACAUCCCAUAAAACUAUACACUUCACCUUUAAACUACUGAAAAACAUUUUAAUAAGUAUCAGUUGCUUUGUUUAGAGUUGAAGGACCAACUCAUUUGAAUAAGCUUUUAGAAAAUGGCUGAUGGCUUAUUAGCAAAAGCUUUGUAAAAAGCACAAAGAUCUCAUGCUACAAGUCUUUUACACUGACGCUGAGUUGCUCAAAGUGGCGAUGGCACUGCUAAUGCUAAACAUCUCUUGAUUUGCAGCGUUAAGCACUUUGCGUUUGCUUGUCGCAGUUGUGUUUGGAUGGAUACGAUACAGGACGUUUGAAUACUUGAAAGAUGCAAACACUUUUCUACUUUUUUGUUCUUUAAGGAAGAUGAAGCUGAGAAGGUGAAACGGCUAAUUCUGUGUCAUUGGAUUAUGUAUUUGGGAACGUUUCAGCUGUGGAGAAACAUUUAUAACCAGAACUUUGAUGUCUGUUCUUUAAUCAUUUAAUGAUACCUAUAAGCAUUGCACAUAGUUUUUAACCAUAAUGUAUUAUCGAAAGUAUAACAUUGAGUGUAUUACAUAGAAUAUCAAUUGAUAACAUAGAGAUUUUUGUUUAUACCAAACAUAUUCUAAGUUGUAUUCUGUGGAGACACGAGGCACAAGAUGUCAGGGAAUAUUUAAAGAAACUACAUCAUAUGCUGUAACAAGGCAAGAGGGAACGGCCAGUUCUUGAACCUAUAAGGGGAUUUGAAGUGAGUUUGAUGGGGGAGCAGCUCCUGAGAUUCACUCAGUUUUAAUCUUUAAAUACCAUGCUUAUUUAAAGCAGACUGCUGAAGCCUCUAGAUAUCUCCUCUGGCAGAAGGCACUAACCCAAUUCGUAAGGUCAAAGUCUCCUUUUUCUGAUCUUUUGAGAAUUUGAUGACAGCGGUAACAUUUGUGAACAAACUGUUUAUUUCAGGUAGCUGCACGCUGAUAUCAAAAACAGGUCAUUAUGCUCUGCUUUAGGAAAAGUACUAGGCCCCGAUUUGACCAACCAAACAAAUGUAUAUAGCCUUUAUAAAAUGACCACUGAAGAGAUGUAGUAAAUGUACUAACAAAAAAAUUCUUAAGCAACAUCCGCUUGUUAGAAAAAUCAGUUAAGGCCUUUAAUCCAAUAACAGGGGCCACGGCGGUCUAAAUAACUUCACUGGAACUACUGACUGCACUUAAAUGUCAAACCCUCUAAAUCCAGAUCAGACAGAAGAGGCCAAAAGUGAGUAAAUCUCAUCUCAGGUUUAUGGUUUGUACACUUUGUUAGGCUUGUGUAUAAAAUCUUUUGGAGUGAGCAUGGAACUGAUAACCGAUCCUCUUAUUUACUGAAUACUACUGCACAUAUAAGAUACUGUAAAUUAUGAACAAAUAAACACAUUAUUCAGAG